AUGCCUAAGCGACAUAACUACGGCCAAAGCGACGACGAGGAAGAAGAUACUCGGACGUCGAAACGCGUCAGGACUGCCGGUAGCAGUGACGAGGAACAAGAGGCUUCACAGCCACCCCGGGCGCGUGCGAGUCGCACAGAUAAAGGAAAGGGCAAAGCAAGGGCUUGGAAUAAACGAGAUGUGAAUGCACACGGAAGUAUGAGUGAGGAUGAGAUAGACGAGGAAGCACAUGAAGAGGAGUUCGACAGGAUACAUGGCCCGGCCCUUUUGAGACGUCUCGCCAACAGACCGCAGAACAAGCUAGGGUCGAUUGCUGAGCACGGUGUCAUUGAAUAUGUCGAAAUGACUCAAUUUAUGUGCCAUAAAUAUCUGACAUUUCAUUUUGGUCCUCAAAUCAACUUUAUCAUCGGACACAACGGGAGUGGGAAGAGUGCAGUCUUAUCUGCUAUUACGGUGGCUCUCGGAGGAAAGUCAUCUUCGACUGGUCGUGGCAGUGGUCUUAAGUCAUUUAUUCGUGAAGGACAAAGCACCGCCGAAGUCACUAUCCACAUCAAGAAUCAAGGCGAAGAAGCAUACAAGCCCGAAAUCUAUGGUAAAACUAUCUCGAUCACUCGUAGAUUCAACAAAGAUGGUGGAUCGAGCUGGAAGAUCAAAGGGAAAGACGCUAAAAAGACCUACAGCACGAAGAAGGACGAACUUGAUGCCAUAUGCGACCACAUGAAUAUCCAGGUUGAUAAUCCCAUGAACGUCCUCACUCAAGACGCUGCGCGGCAAUUUUUAAGCGCCUCAAAGCCUGAAGACAAAUACAAAUUCUUCUUACGAGGCACACAGCUCGAGCAACUGUCUCAGGAGUACGAACUGUGCUGGGCGAACAUCCAUCAGACAGAUAAAUUAUUGGAAACCAAGGGCGAAGCCAUUCCCGAGCUUCUAGAGCGCAAAAUAGCGGCUGAAGCCAGAUGGAAAGAAGCUGAUCAGGCGCGUCAGCAACGAGUACUGAUCGAGGAGCUGAACAAAGAACUUGCUUGGGCUCAUGUUGCUGUGAAAGAAGCGGAGAUGGUUCAGAAGCUCAAUGAGCAUGCAAAAGCUGAACGUCGAUUACCUAAAAUCGAAGAAGCGGUACAGGAAGCGAAGGCUGAGUUUGAUAAGGCGUCUGAGAAAGUAUCCAUCCUAGAGGCACAGAUGUCAACCUCUGAUACGGAAAAGCAACUUAAUGACAAGAAACUAGCCAUUCAUGAGGAGAUGAAGGAAAAUAAAGUCAAGUUGAUGGAUAUUAACAAAGACCUCAAGCAGAUGAACCAGACUGUGGAGGCAUUGAACAAGACGAUCGAAGGGAUCGAGAAGGCCCAAAAGAAUGAAGAGGCGAAGAUGGCCAUCAACACACAGGAGAAAAGGGAGCAAACUCAGGCUAAGAUUGUUGAAACAAAAGCGGCCAUCGCGGGAUUCGAAGCGCGUCUCAACGAGCUAUCUAUCAAGAAGCGGGACAUUGAAUCAGAAGCGGAGAAAAUCAAGAGCGAGGGGCUGCAGUGGGAUGAGAAAAUGAAGGAGUACAUGGGACUCGUGAAGGAGAACGAGGGGUAUAUCGAGGCAGCGAAGAAGCGCGAGCACGAUGUCUAUAUUCCGUACGGCAAGAACAUGAAGCAACUCCUGGAUACAAUUCGCAAGCACAAAUGGCACGGCGAUAUGCCAUUAGGCCCUUUGGGCUUGCACGUCAAGGCCAAAGAUCCUAAGACAUGGGGCGAUAUCCUUCGUGCCCAGCUUGGGCGUCUGCUCAUUACCUUUGGUGUCACGGACCACAAAGACAGGCCUGCUUUGAAACGUAUGCUUGUACAGUCUGGAAACCCUUAUCAUGAGAUCAUCGUAUUUCAAAAGGAUUUGUUUGACUAUUCGACGGGGGAACCGCCUGAAAGAUAUCUCACUGUAUUGAGAGCUCUCGAGGUCGAUGAUCCUUAUGUUCUUCGGCUUUUAAUCAAUCAGGCUCACAUUGAAAGUUUGCUCCUUGCGCAUACUCGUAAAGAAGGAGAAGAAUUGUUGAAGACCCUUCGUGGCGGCAUGGCGUGGACCAACGAUAAAAUGGUUGUCCGAGUGUUCCCUGUAUAUUAUCCCAGGGAGGGAGGGGUAUCCAGUUCUCGGAUUAAUAUGAAACCUAUGAACGGCGCAAUGAGCCAACUGUUGACAGGACGAAAUGCGGCGGAGGAUAUCCGAUUCUACUUGGAGAAGAAAGAACAAGCACAGCAAGACUACACUUCUGCUUCGACAACUGUGGAUAACCUCAAAAAAGAGUACCACUCGAAGAAGCGUGAGAUUGAUGCGAUUGAGCGUGAGGAGAAGACUACACAACACAAUCUGAGGCAAGAACGUGCUAGACUCAACAGUCUUCAUCAAGAGGCGAAUGCAGAGCUUCCCGCUGGCCUGGCCGGAUUUGCGGAAGCUAAACUUGAAGCGCAAUCAGAGAAAGAAUCCAUGAUGUUGCAAAUCGAAGGUGUCAUGAGAAAUAAGAUGGCAGUGGAUACUGCGCAGAACAAACUCCAGCAAGAAUUGAAGAAUAUCAGAACCACUAUCGCCGAGUUCGAUCAGCAAAGAGCAACUAUCCAGAGAAAAAUGGAAAGCGCUGUCGAGGUUCGCGUUAAAGCUCAGAACGCCAUGCUUCAUUACGAAAGUAAACUAGCUGAGGGGAAGAAAGCUGUAGAAACCGCUCUGGAAGCCGCUCAGGUUGUGGAAGAAGAAUUCAAGGCAGGUUCGUGGACUAAGGAAGCAGAAACUGUCGCUCCCGAACGAAUUGCGACGCCGCGUAAACCUGAUGCCGUCAAGACGCAUAUUGCGUCUUUGAAGGCAGCUCUUGCGGAACGAGCCAAGAAAACUGGUGCUUCACUGGAGACAUUGGCGAAACAGCUCACAGCCGCCGAAGAGUCUUUAAAAAAGGCCGAAGCAGAAAUAAAAGCAAUGAAGAACCUAAACGCGGCUCUCACAGAGUCUAUGUUAGUUCGUUCUCAUCGUUGGGAUGACUUCCGGAUGCACGUUGCUCUACGAUGCAAACAUAUCUUCCAACACCAUCUUUCCAAUCGGGGAUACUACGGUAAACUUUACUUUAAGCAUUUCUCCCAUCAGCUGGACAUCCGGGUUAUUACGGACGAUCAAAUGCAGACGCAAGGUGCUGCUCGCGACAAAGAUCCAAAGUCACUUAGUGGAGGUGAAAAGUCGUUCUCAACUAUUUGUCUACUGCUUUCGCUUUGGGAAUGCAUUGGUUGUCCAAUUCGCUGCCUUGACGAAUUCGAUGUGUUCAUGGAUGCUGUGAAUCGCCGCAUCAGUAUGAAGAUGAUGAUCGAUACUGCAAACACUUCGGACAGGAAGCAGUACAUUUUGAUCACUCCUCAAGAUAUGGCGAACAUCAAAAUUACGCCGAGCGUCCGCGUACUGAGGAUGUCGGAUCCUGAACGCGGUACAAAUGGCACUCUUCCGUUUACUUCAGCCAACGGCGAUUGA